CGCAAACUACAUGCAACAUAAUCAUGAGCUCCAAACCUUAUCGUGUAGGUCAAUGGAUUCCUUCUGACCAGAAAGUUCUUGACAAAUGGUUAGCCAACCUGAUCACAGAAGUCAAAAGCAAAUCCAAAGAUAAGUUAGCGUUAUUGAUGGCUCUUCAUCCACCGGCUGAAGAUGAAGAGACAGCUAGAGGCGAAAAUCAGCUAACAGUUGCUGACGGUACAGAGGAAGACCUCGAUCUCCAUCCGCCUGUUCAAAAAUUAUUAAAAGCUAUCACCUCCGACCCCGAGAUAAACAUGUUCUUCCAUCAGAUGUUCUGGCAACAGUACAAGAAUCCAGAUAGUUCGAAAGGGACAAGGAUCCCUUGCUGGCAACUGAUGAUUAUUUUAAUCGACUACAUCAUGACAACAGCUCCAGAGUACAACGAAACUGGUUUGGUUGGCUUCCCCAUCAAUGCAAUCCUGAAUUGGCCGAUGGCUACGACUGCUGGAUUUGCUGCUUUCCUCAACAACAAAGUCAACAGGUUGUUCAAAAAAAUUCUCAACCAUUGGGGAAAGUUUCUUUCCAGUUCUACCUCUUGUUACGUGUUGAAUGAAGAGCCUCGUCAUGGCUGGUUUGGUGAACACGCAAUGCAAGCAAUGCCAAACUUCGACAAAGAGUUCAAAUGCAAGCCUUAUGAAAAACAUCACGGUUUUACUUCAUGGGAUGAUUUCUUCACCAGAGAGUUUCGUGAUGGCAUUCGUCCAGUAGCAUCUCCGGACGACGAUUCCAUUGUUGCGAAUGCUUGUGAAUCGGCGCCAUACCAAAUCUCUGUUGCCGUGAAAAACAGGGACGUCUUCUGGAUAAAGCACCAACGGUACUCAAUGGACUUCAUCCUGAACAUGAGUGACCUUGCCAAGCGAUUUCAUGGUGGAACCGUCUACCAAGCCUUCCUAAGUGCCACCAGUUAUCACCGAUGGCACAGUCCUGUGUCGGGCACCAUUUACAAGACAGAACUCGUGGAUGGUUCCUAUUAUUCUGCAACCCACAACAUCCAGGAUGACCCUGCAUCGCCCAACAUGUCACAAGGAUACCUAGCCCAAGUAGCUGCCAGAGGUAUUAUCUACAUUCAAGCUGACAAUCCCGAUAUUGGCUUGAUGUGCUUCGUAUCAAUCGGUAUGUCAGAGGUGUCCUCCAACGAAAUCACCGUUAAAGAAAAGGAUAGAGUGAAGAAAGGUGACCAGCUCGGCAUGUUUCACUUUGGUGGGUCCACGCAUCUACUGAUAUUUCGCCCUGAAGUUAAUAUCGAGUUCGAUACGAGAGGUCAAACGCCAGGUCUAGAUACCGAUAAUAUUCCGGUUAAAUCGAAAAUUGCGACCGUACAUCCAGCAAUUUAAACAAUUUAAGUAAGGGUUUUGAUAAACAGCUUGAGUUUGUCAGAGUUCGGUGUGAACAGGAUAAUUUUCUUUCUUUCCUCUUAGAAGACGUCUUUUGCUUAUAAAGAAAUUGAUUUUUUUUUCAUUUUCACCUCGUCAGUUGUUAUGAACUUCUAAAUUUAGAAGUCAUUGGCAACUACUAAAAUUAGGAAUGUUCUGGCUUAGUGUUUGUGAAUUGUUAAGGCCUUUUAGAUUAUUUUGCAAUCCUUAUGCGAGUCUUGUGAGUCUUGAUUUGUUAAUUGCUGCAAGACCACACAUUUAUUUUUACCAUUUGAGUAGUUGGUUCUCGAUAGUUGUAAUAGGCCAGUUGUACGAUAAUUGUCAUCGCUAGCCGUGUUUGAGCUUGUCUUUGCUUAGAGUCCUCAGCGGGAAAUUUUGUUCAAGGUUUCAGCUAUCAAAGUUAGGAAGUUUUUUCUGGCAGAUCUUUUUUAUGCCUCGAGCAUGUCUAAUAAUUGAUAGUGUAUUUUCAAACCGAAGUAUUUAGACAAUUAUUCUAACAUUUGCGAUGGGAUUUUUAUUGAUAGUUACUAACCAAAAGUUUCUUAACUCACAUUUGGAGUGAAAGUUUACAGAAAGUGCGAUAGUAGAAAAUUUAAUCCUUAAUGUGCACAUUACUAGUUAGUUGAUUUCUGAUAUGUAGAAAUAAAGCACUGCAAGCGUGUUAAGGGCUUAGA